AUGGCACGCUCAAGCUUCGCUAUAACCCUUUCUUUCUGCGUCAUAUUCCUUCUGGCGAUUGCACCUCGUGCUGCGGAGGCGAGGCGCAUUCGUCUUACGGAGAUCCAGGAAACGCUGGAGGAGAUCGCGAUUCGCCUACGAGCCGCAGCGGAUCAGGCUGCUGCAGACCUGGACGCAGCAAAGGCCGUAGCCGAUGCUCGCGCCGCUGAAGAAGCAACUGCCACCGCCAACGUGGCAGCAGCGGAGACGGCGGCGGUGAAAGCAGCAGCGGAUUGGCAGGCGGCAAAAGCGGCGGCAAUCGCUGCAAAGGCCACCGCGAAGCAGGCGCGGAAAAACGCGACGGACGCGAAGCAGGCGACCGCGGGGCUGAAGAAGAAAGCGGAAGCUGCCGACAAGUAUCAGAAGGCGCAGGAGAAGGCGCAAAAGGCGCUGGAAAAGGCCGCGCAGACGAAGGCGCGGAAAGACAAGGCCACAGCGGCGGCAGGCGCACAGCAGAAGACCGCCGACGACGCGACCAAGGCGGCAACGGACGCCGCCAAGAGCAAGGGCAAAGGCAGCGGAGCGGCGAAGGCGGCGGACGCGAAGGCAAAGGCGGAGCAAAAGAAGGCGGCAGAGCUGAAUAAGGACGCGCAGAGCGCAUCCGCAGAAGAGUCCGCCGCGAGCGCGGAGGCAACCAGGGCCACCGCGGAGGCGGCGCGGAUUCUCAAGGUGACCCUCACGCCGGACGAGCAGGCUCUGCUGGACAAAGCGGCUGCGGCGGAGGCGGCGGCGGCGAAGGCGGAGGCGGACGCGAAAGCAGCGGAGGACGCGGCGAAGGCGGCGGAAAAGAUGGCGAAGGCCGCGGCGGUGCGGCUGACGAAGCUGCGGGCGGUGCUGAAGGCCGCGCAGGCGCGCAGGGCGGAGGCGGACAGGAUUGUGGCGGAGAAGGCAGCAGCUGCGGAGGCCGCGGAGACUGCCGCGGAGGCAGCAGAGGCGGCUGCCAGAGCCGGCGCCCCUGGUUCGGAAGUGGAAAAGCACCCAGUUCUUUAG